CUGACAACGAUAUCAUUUGUAGCAAGUUCCGGGCUUUGUGAACAGCAUGGCGGAUAAAUUUUAUUUUCUUCUCGUUGGAAUUCUUUUACAGAUUUCUCUCGUACUUGGUUAUCAAGCAUGUUACUCGGAUAGCCAGUGUCCUCUUUCCAACUAUCACUGCUGUACGGGUUCUAUUUACUGCUGCCCGUGGGGGUCAGUCUGUACCGGUACCAUCAACUGCAUCAGCAUAGGAACAAUCGUUGGUCCCAUAGUUGGUGGAAUUGUCCUCAUUAUAAGCUGCAUCGUCUGUUGUAUAUGUUACCGCAGACGUAGGCGCCAGGUGCCACCCCCAACAGUUACCUACGGACAACAACAACAAACUGUACAACAAACUUAUGGACCACCUCCAGGUUACGGACAAAGUUAUGGACAAUCUCAGCAAUACGGGCAAGGUUACGGACAGCCUCAGCAAUACGGACAAGGUUACGGUUCACCUGUUGGAUAUUCUCAGACUACAACAGAAAACAGUCAAACAAAGUAAAGCUGUAUAAGAAGAAAUUAAUACUAACUUCCCAAAUAAAAACAGGGGUAACUUUAAAAUUCAAGAAUUACUGAACGUCGAACAAAACAGGUGACAUCUGAUUUCCUAUC